GUGACAGGAGCGACCUUCAUCGGACCGGACACUGGCGAGAUCCCCGAGACGGCCGACCUCCGCAAGAUGAAGAAGGGCGCGAACGAAGAUCGGUGGGUCCUCCUCAAGCGGGAUGGUUAUGUGGUCAUCAUUAAGGUCACCGAGAAUGCCGCGAUUAAGUCGAGUGGCAUGUACCUGAGUUUUGACCCUGAGGCAACUAGAGGUGACGCCCAAUUGUUGCUGGCCUUGAAGGGCUACGAGCGGGUGCAUCUGUGCAGGCACGACACGUGCCCGGAAGAGGGCCAGCAUUUCAAGAGCUACGCCUUGGCCCGCCAACUCAACCCACAGCGCUUCCAUCUCAUCUCUACAGCGGCUGGGGCCCAGAAGACAGGGACGAGGACGAUGGGAUGGCUUUUCUCCAAGGCCAACAAGACAGCCAAGCGGCUGAAGGACUAUGCAUCGGAGUCUGAGCGGGAGGAGACCGGCUCGUGCUGCGCCCACUUGGUCAAAUGGGAGGGCGAAGCAGGUCGAGUUUGCCUCAGUGAGCAUCCAUGCAAAGACCUCGCAACCACGGAUGUCGAGCUGCUUGAUGAGGACCGGAGUCAACUUCCGACGGACCAGGUGGCCGCGUUCUGCUCAGGUCAUGCGGUCCGGUACCUGACCUCGAGGGCAACGGCGAAGUGCUCCUGGGCAGGUUGCCAACGGUUGGGGGCGGUCACCAAGCAAGGCAUGCGACUAUGUGGUGUUCACCAGGAACCUGCUCCUACUCCGACCAGACGCUCCUCGCGGUCGAGGUCAAGGGCUCGGGACCCACAUCCGGGAGAAGAAGAUGGUGAUGAACGCGCCGAAGGAGAAGGUGAUGAACGCACGAGGCGCAGGGGGCGAGUUCGGGAGGUCGCCUAUCAGACCGAGGAGGCAGAGAACAUCCUCCGUGAAGUUCGUGAGGAGAAGGAGGAGGAGCCUCCAGCUCUCAGGAGAAGGAGGGUCGCAUCUCCCGGCCAUACUCCCAAGUCAUCGGUGCAGCACAGCCUGGCCAGGAUGGGAAUGAUCAACUCGCCGGAUCGCAGGGCGGACAUGACCUACUUGGAGGAGUUCAUGGAACAGAUGGCCUAUGGGAGGGAGUUACAGCUCAGUGAGGAAGAUAUAAGGAAGCAACUGGCGGCUCAAGCUGGUUUGGCUGUGGGAGACCUCACCCGAUACCUGUGUGAGCAGGCCAUGGAGGAGCAACGGAAGGGCACCAAAGGGCUCACGAAGUUCCUGGCGAAAUGGCGCCAGCAAGCGGCUGCUCGAGAGCGACCUUCGUCCCUCUCGGAAUGGAGUGUGGUCGAGAAGGAGCGGGACGGAGCAGCAGGGACUGGGCCGGAGGAGCGAGGAGGUCAGUCGGAGAUGACCGACAUCGCCAAAGCGAUCCAACAGCAAACGAAUGAGCUUGCAACGUUGGUCAAAGCCCAGCAGGAAACCACGACAGGGGCAGGAGGAUCAUUGAAGAGCCUCGGCAAGACCUCAGAAGAACUGGUAUUUUUGCUGCGUGGGUGCGGCCAGUAUACCGUGCAAGUCGGCAAUGAAGAGUACGGGGCCCCCUUAGCGCAAGCGCUGCUCGCGGCUCAGGAGAAGUAUGCCCUAAGUGCUUCAGAUUUUGUGCCCUGCACCGACGCGGAGCUGGACCAGUUCGCCAUCGAGAGUAGAACAGGCAAGCCGACAAAUGAGCAGAGGCCAACCGCACCCACUCGUUAUGAGGACUGGCUCAACAGAGUGAAGCGACAAAAUGACAUCUGGGCCCUCGUGUACGGCAUGGAGUGGAAGGCCGUGCGGGAGCGUGCCAUCAACCUGUUGGGAGAGUGGCACGUCAGUGCACCGCACAAGUGGCCGCUGCAGGUCCUGCUCGAUGUGUGGGAAGAGCUCCACUGGCGAUUCCUCGAGGAGUUGAAGGAGGAGCUGAGGAAAAUCAAGCGGUUGUCCGGGAGAGAGUCCAUGACCUUGCAGGAUUUGAAGUUCUAUGCCCUCAUGCCAGACGAAGAAGGGCGACCUCCUUUGAAUCUUCCCCAAACGUUCGAUCUACGACGUCCUGACGGAUGGUUCAUGUCAGAGGUGAUGCCCCGCAUUGAGAGGCGCCAGGAGAGGAUGCUCUGGAAGAUGACCUGGGAGGGUUCAGGGAAGAGUAGAGCCCAAGGACAACCUGCUGGUGGAGACGGAGGUUCCCGGGAGGAGAAGCCGACCUUGAAAACCCUGUUUGGGCCGAAGCUGACGGCGGAGGAGACGACCCGGGCCAAGGAUCGAGCACCGACGAAUAAGGAGGGCAAGCUGCUGUGUUGGGGAUACUUGACCCACCUGGGCUGCUCUCAGCAGGGCUGUCAACGAGCUCAUGAACCACUUCGCGGACCCUUUGAGGCUCUCGAUCCGGCGGUGCAGCUCCAGAUGCUUCGGAGAGGAGGCCUGAGGAGGAUGAAGGCGGAGACGAAGGAGUCGGCCGCGGAGAAGAUCAAGGAGAUUCGAGCCGGGGUGGCAAAGGACAAAGCCGCCAAGGUGCAGGAUGGCAAAGAUCGUCGACGGGCCGCACAGGGAGACCCAGCCAAAGAAGGGGAUGCCGAAGGUCCGGAGAAAGCAGGCGGCCAAGUCCAUUGGGAAGCUCCGGAAGAGAUGGUACAGGUGGACUACACCCAACAAGAGAAGGACUUUGCAGACUUGGUGGCGGGCCCCGAUGCAUCAUUGUUUGAGCACGUGCCAAGGGAUGCCAAACCCCAUGCGGGCCGGAAGGGCUCCACUGCCCCCUCGGAGGCGCAGGAUAUGGUGAGAAAGGCUCAAGCUCUAGCAUCGGGCCCAGUCCUGGGAAAACUCCAAGGGGCGUCAGAUGAUCUAUAUGCUUGGGCGUCGACAAGGGUGGCCAACGACCCGGAGAUCGCCUUCGACGCGCUCAUGGAGGAGAUGGUCCAGUACGGCCUUGGGGAACUGGCCGCAGAGGCGGCAGCUUUACUGGAGGCCUAUGGGCAGGGUCUGAAGGCAGGCCACCAAGCUCGAUGUCAGCUGGAAGACACACGAUGGGAAGGUGAGGGCCCAGGCAGAUCCUUGGCUCACAUCGAUGGCGCCCCGUGGGCUCUGUGGGACUUCGGAGAGAUGGUCCAUAUGACUGAGGAGCUGGCGGGUCUGCUGGGAGUAAUCGAGCCAGAGAAGGAGAAGAGGCAGUGCGUCACGAAGGUGCUGGCGGCCGGACUUCAUCUGGCACAACAUGGGAAGGUCCCCGCAAUGGACGAGGUCGAAAGAGCUACGCAGGAGUUCCGGCUGGAGCAAGCGAGGCUGGCAGUGGAGGCCGAGGGCGUGAUGGGACAUCCAGAGACUAAGGUCGCCCCAGUCGAGCACGAGCUGAGGAUGUAUGCCCAUGACAUCUUGAAGCCCCACCACGACAAGGACUAUCGAGCUUUGGCCGUGUUUCCCUUGGCGGCGAUGGAGGAAAUACGUGUGGUUGUGGUGCGAGUGGACUACAAAGGCGACCUGCUGAUUGAGACGGUGACGGGAAGCCAGUGGUCGACCUCGGAUGUUUGGGUGAUGAUUUCAAAAGGACACAUGACUUUGCUCCAGCCCCCUUCGCUAGAAGAAGGAAGAGCACUCUUGGAGAAGGAAGAGGUGUACAACACCCCAUGUCUUGGGUUUCGGUAUUUCUGGCAUCAGCGGCGCGAUCAAGCCAAAACGGCUCCCGGGAUGAUCUCUUGCCGACAUUGUCGAAGCAGGGAGGGAGGGAGUGCCGAGGACACCGAGACUACGGGGUCUUUGCGGGAGGCUGUACACGAAGCUGGAGGUCACAAGGGCUUAGUGUUGCAGGAGUACUUUGCCGGCCAUGGAGUCAUCACCAAGGGUUGGCGAGCUGCGAACCAGACGGCUCUACAUCCCAUCGAGCUCUACGAGCAACCACAUCAACAGCUUGGGCCCCGCCCGGAGCAUGACUUGUCCGAUCCUGUACGGCAAGAGUACUACCUCAACCGGCUCCGAGCUCGUGACUCUAACGUGCAGUGGAUAGCCAGCCCGUGCACCACGUUUUGCGACUGGUGUCUGCAGAAUGGAGGCACUCGCACCUUCCAGAACCCGGCGGGAAAACCCACCGCCAAGGAACAAGUUGGCAAUGCUUUGUCGGAGUAUGGAGCGAAGGUGUUUGAAGCAUCGCUCCUGCAAGGUGGCUUCCCCGUGGCCGAGAGCUCGGGCACUUCGGGGCGAUACCCGAAGCAAUGGCAUCUACCCCAAUGGCGCCGGCUUUUGCAACGACCGGACGUCGACUUCAUUGAGAUCGACAUGUGCGCCUUUGGGCUAGGGCCCCCGGACAUGCCGGACCAUUUCUACCGCCACAGGACUGGACUGGCCUUCCCGCAUCAUCCACCUUUGCGCCAAGCUCUGCUACGCCUGUGCCCUGGAGUCUCAGAUAGCCAUCAGCAUAUCGCACUCAAAGGCAAUCGACCUGGGGUCAAUGUGUCUCGCUGCACGGAAGCUGGAGUUUAUGCGGACGCCUUCGUACGCACUGUGGUGGAGACUUUGGUUCACACCUUGGAGGAGCCUGCGGAGCCGGAGGGUGGCCAGAUUGAACCAGAAGAAGGCCAGAACGAGGUCGAUGAUCUUGGGCACCUAAACGAGCAGGAGCUGCAGCAGGUUGCGGGUAUGGCGGUCGACGAGGUCGACGCGGAGAGGGGCUACGUAUGGGUUCACACCAACGAGGCAAGGAAUGACUUGGUGUUGCCAGAGGAGCUGCCCUACCCGUACUGGCCCCAUCGGUUCCACAGUGAAAGGUUCCCGUUGAUGAGUCAGGGGGUCCUGAUGCUGGCGGAGGCGGAGGUCACCCGGGAGGAGGACAAGGCUGGCAUCUCUGGCAAGGCAGCGACAGCGGCGAUGAGCUACAUCCAGGAGGUCGACAAGAUCCAGGGAAAUGAGGCUCGAGCAUGGCAGUCGAUUCGGGAGCGAGGUGACAUGCUUUUGGACCUCACGGGCACGGUCGAGAAGGCGGCCAUCGCGCUGUGGGUGGCUCGGGAGCACCUGGGCCGCAACAACUUGCAAGGGGCAGAUAGUGAGGAGCUCGACGGGCUUUUGCACCCUGACCACCUUGCCUAUCUUCGGGAAGUUCGUGCUCAAGGGAUGCCGGCUCGGUACCCAGGGGUCAAAGUCGUGCUAGCGAAGAAGGACGUGGCUGGAGCAUUCCGACUACUUUGGGUUGACCCGAGGGACGCCGAGCUGUUCGCAGGAGAUGUCCCGUGGAAGCCGGAGUUGAUGGGAACUGGUGGGGAGGCGCCUGACCUUCAAGACCUGGGGAACCUGACGGUCAUCUAUUUGGUCUCAAGCUUUGGAUUCUCGGGUUCACCCGGCGAAUGGACAGCAUGGGGGCGGGCCACAGAGGAGGUGCACCGGAAUCUUCGUCCAGUCGAGAGCAGGAGGGACGGGGAGUUGCAUUUUUGUGGCAAGAUCCUCGUCGAUGACAUGGUGUUGGUUGAACCGGUCAUCGGGCUGAGACCAUGGGUGUCCAGUGAGGUGUAUGAGUGGGCAGUGACGCGACUCUUGGGGGAGAAGGCCAUUAACAAGCUCAAGGACGCGGAGGAGGGCUGCUACAGCAAUCAGCAGACCGUGUGGGGGCUGAUCAUCGACGCAGACACAGAAAAGAUGUCUUUGCCGGAAGCCCGAAUCCUCAAAGGGGCCUACUUGCUCGCCCAGCCGUGCUUCAACUACGGGGGGAAGACUCUUCCGCUGAAGGAGCUGCAAAGAUUCAGAGGGGUCGCCAAUGGUUGGAGUGCAGUGGUGACGGGACUCAAGAACGAGCUCCGGAGCGCAGAUGUGUUCCUGGGAGGGGUCGACGGUGGCGCUGCGGUACGGCCAAGGCUGGUCCAGCCGGAAGGAUCGAAAACCCGUGAGGAUGAGGAGAGACAAAGCUGGGAGGCACUAUGGGAGCUGUUUGAAGACUGCAGGUGGCUGUGUGCCAGGUCCGAGACAUGGGCGACGAAGUUUGGGGGGGAUAUCAGGGAGCUCCUGCCCCCGUUGGACCGCUUGGCCCUGCCUGGACAACAAGGAGGAGGCCCCAUCUUUGUAUCUUCAGAUGCAACGCCCAGCGUGGUCGCGGCUAUUGACUGGACCAAUGGGUUCGCCUGCAGGGAGGAUGUGGAGGUCUUGAAGCCCUGGAUCAGACAAGUCCUUGAGGCAGAAGGGCAAGAGGAUGGCAGGUUGGCGAUUCACCUGGGUGAGAUGCUGAGCUUCGUGGCUUUCGCAUGCCGGGUAGGCCAUUUGUGGGAGGGGCGCAUCGUGGUGUACGCCGGGGACAACAAGGUCGUUUACUUCUGGAUCACCGGAAGGAAGAGUGGUGUGAGAGCAGGUCGGCUGUUGAUCCGUGUCCUGAACCUAGUGGAGAAACGGCAUAGAUGUCGUAUCCUAGGCGGGUGGUGGAGGACCUUUCACAAUGAAGAUGCCGACGCCCUGACCCGCUUAGAGGAGAAGGAGGCGGCGGAGCUCAUGGUGAGGAAAGGUUGGGAGCGACUGGACAUCAAGGAGAGCAUCCAUCACGCCUUGGAAGACACGGAGCGCUUCGGCGUAUGCUUCUUGUCGUGGGCCGACCAGGAGGACCGGUUUGAGCUGAUGAGGUUGAGGGAACUGAGGGUCUUCAGGACUAUUUUGAGGCAACCGGCAGAGCUCAGGGAGAUCGAGGUGAUCGAGUGGACGCCGGGCCCCCGCUUCGUUAAGGACUUCGAGUACUUUUCCGGGGGCGGGCAGAACAAGGGGAGCAGGGUGAUCGCCGCCACUAUCGGGCCCGACCCGAAGGGCAAACGGGUCAACGAGUUCACAGCCUACCUCGACAGCGAGGUCUUCGAUGUGGCCAUCUUGGAGGGCCCCACCGAGGUGAAGUGGCUCUGCCUGGAGCGGUGGGCGAUGAGUGUCGGGUGGACGUGCACCCUGCAGGAGUUCGUGACCUCCGAGCUGGGUGAGGCGAUGGUGAGGAGGCGGGUAGCCGGCUUCGUCUUCCCGAUGGAAAAGACGUCGGAAGCAGUGGAGUUCCUGAUGAUUAAGUCGGUCACCCCCCCCGCCAUGGGAUCCUACUUGAAAAAGGUUGAGGAGGGCAACUGCGUCUCGGUCAAGAAGUACGAGGGUGCGACCAAUGUGGGCCAGGAGGUCAUGUUGCCGGUGGUUGUGGCUCAUGCGUGGACCACCGAGGAAGCGGACCGACAGAAUGUCUAUUCCUUGAGCGGGCCCUGUCGGUGGCCCCUAGCUGAUCGGGCCGAGAAGGGCAUGCAGCGCAUCCUGGUGCAAGACAAGGCGGUGCCAGUUGGAAAGGUGAGGAGCCUGGCUGGUGAGGAGAUUUGGGUCCUUCAGGGCAGACGCUUAGAUGAAUGGAAGGCCCUGGUUGGUCAAGUCGGCGAGAAGGAGGCUGAGCGAGAGGGGUGCAAGGCCACCGGCCGAAGGACAGCUUUGAGUCUUGUCAGCACAGCGGCGGAGCUCGCCAAGGAGGGACGGGAGAGCAAAGCUGGGAUGUGUGUCGACAAGGAGGACUACAAGUCAUUGAGCAUCCUGCUGCAGUGGCUGAGGAGAUGGCGACGAGGCGAUUUCGGCCGAGCCUUACCAGAUCGGAAGGCGGGAGGUCGAGGUGAUGAUCGAACCCAUCCGGUGUGGUUUUGGGGCGAGGAGUUGUGGCUGGAAGCCAUUGAAGAGUGCGAUGGAACCUUCGGGGGGAGUGAUGAACGGAGGUGUGGAGGUCGACGUAAGAAGGAGCUCAAGCCUGUCGAGGAGAAUGGUGCGAAGUUCAUCGACCUCAACCCCGACUUCAACCCCGACAUGGAGAUCCAGGCACAGGUGGAAGAGUGGCUCGAGGCUCACCUGGUAGGAGACAAGGCAGCGAGCGCGCAGAAGGCCUAUGCGACAGCCUGGGGCAAGUGGUGCGAUUGGAGCCGACGCCAAGGAUGGUUGACGCCCUACCUCGACCACAAGGGUGACCCGAUCCACAAUGAGAAUAAGGUCCUGGGUUACCUGGGUUAUUUGGGCUGGCUGGGCACAUCGGUGGCUACCAUGAAGCAGGCGGUCUUCGCCAUCAAGGAUGCGCACAAACGCGCUGGCCACGGUGAUACUACGGUCAAGAUGCACCGGCUGUGGAUCGUGCUCAAUUCCCUGGAGAAGAACUCGGUGAAGAGGCCAAGACGGCUAGGGGUCACUGUGCAGAUGUUGAAGUGGCUCGGCAAGCAGAUGGCGUCUGGAGCUGAGACGGUCGGAGAGCUCAAGGUGGACUGCCGGAUGGUGCAUGCAGCGGUGGUCACGGCAUGGUUCUUCAUGCUUCGAGCUCGAGAAUUCUCUGACUCCAGCGGGGUGGACCAGGAAAUGAUCGUGAGGGGCCAAGACAUUUCGCUCACGACCCGUGGUCGCCCGGAUGAGAAUGACCCCCAGGAGGCGACCUUGCAGUUCCGCAAGACGAAGGCAGACCAAGAAGCCUUUGGGACGUGCAAAACCAUGCUGAAGACGGAGGUCGAGUUCGUUUGCGUGGUCACCGCCCUUCACCGACUUCGCGAGGUGGCACCAAGACGAUUUGGACAGGGCCCAGAAAGCCACAUGCCUUUGUUCCGGUGGGCAUCAGGCCCGGUCAUCAAGCGGCUGGAGGUGCAGAAUCUGCUGCAGAGGGCAGUGAGGGCGCUGGGCUUGCCGGCAGAGCGGUUCCAAUCCCAUUCUUUGAGGAUUGGAGGGGCAUCGGCGCUCUACCAGGCGACUGGGGAGAUAGAGGUGGUCAAGAGGACCGGAAGAUGGACGUCCUCGGCAGUGCAGCGCUACCUCCAUGACUCGGGCGAUGUCCUGUCGGGUCUGGCACGAAAGAUGGCCAAUGUGGACCAGCACGUGCACUACACGUAG